AUGGUCGAAAAAUUGCAUAGUGUCGUCCUAGUUGGAGGGGAAAUUGGAUUUGGAAAAACUACAGCAUUGGAACGUGUUAUUGGAGAGGUGUCCUCAGUGAAUGUAAUUGGUUUUGUGCAACCUUCUAUCUAUGAUCAGAAACAAGGCGAUCAAGUGAAUCAAGAAAAGUCUUCUCAUAAUAGUCAGCAAAUUAAAAUUGUAAAUAUUGAACAACAUCGUACGGCAAUAGAAAUUCAUUUCCUUACCAAAUUAAUUGGAGAGAAUGAGGAGAAGAAGAUUUUUAAAUUGGCAACUCUCAAUCCAGAAUUCAAUCCUGAGGAUACAGUUUCAAUCAUGUCUGAAAAUAUGAAGGCAAAGAAACCAAAGCAACCUCGUUGGAUUUUCAAUAAUGAAGUUUUUGGUCAGAUUAGCCAAUUAUUGGAGGAGAAACUUCAAAGCUUAAUGAAGGAAAAUAGAGUUGGAGAGAAAAUUCUCCUAGUAGUGGAUGAAUUGGGAUGGCUUGAAAUGGAAGGAAAAGGGUACGUAUUGUUUGAAUUAUUUCAUUUGAAAUUCACGUUCAUUAAAUGGGACAAUUGA